AUGUGGGCGCUGCGGGCGCUGUGGGCGCUGUGCCUGGCCGGGCUGGGGACGGCCAUCGGAGGAGCCUCGGCGGAUCCAUGCUCCUGGAGGGGCAGUGGGCUGUCGCAGAAAGCGGGCAGCGUGGAGCAGUUGUCCCUGCACUGUGCCGAGGGCUCUCUGGAAUGGCUGUACCCCACCGGGGCCCUUCGCCUCUGCCUGGCCCCCCGCCUGCCCCCUGCUGCUCCCUCCGACAGCGACAGGAGUCCCCAGCAUGUCACCGCCUGCGUCAAACCCUCCGGCACCUUUCGGGGGGCUCAGCUCUACCUGGAGAGGGGGGGGAUGCUGGAGCUGUUGCUGCCCGAAGCCCCUCGCCCCCGCGCCCGCUGCUUCAGCUGGCCCCCCCAGGAGAAGGUGGCCCUGUUCCUGCAGGCCACUCCCCAUCGCGACAUCAGCCGCCGGAUCGCUGCCUUCCGCUACGAGCUGCGGGGGGGCUGGCUGGCCCCCCCACCCCUGCCUGCAGCCAGCCUGGCUGCCGAAGGGGCAUGCCGGCCAUGCAAUGACACCGAGAUCCUGAUGGCCAUUUGCACUAGUGACUUUGUGAUCCGCGGCAGCAUCCGGAGCGUCUCCAAUGACGCAGAGCUACAGGAAUCCAUCAUCAGGGUGACCGCCGCCCGCAUCCACCGCCAAAAAUUCCCUCUUUUCCAGGCAGGGGAUGAGGGGGGGUGGCCGGCGGGGGGCAGCAUCCGCACCCCCCUGCGCUGCGGGGUCAAGCCGGGCCCUGGCACCUUCCUCUUCACUGGAUGGCUACAUUUUGGGGAAGCCUGGUUGAGCUGUGCCCCCCGCUACAGGGACUUCCAGCGCAUCUAUGAGGGGGCACGGCACUCCCACCAGAACCCCUGCGAGUUCCCCAUGGACUGA